GGGAGAGACACUCAUGAGAUCAGCAGGACUGUAAGAGACUUCCGGGUGAGGACGGUCUCUGAGUCAAUGAUUACAAACUUGAUUGUCCACACCAAGUCCCAAACACAGCAAAAGCUUCCAGACUUGUUCUGAUGCAGCCUAAAGACCUCUCGGUACUGCUCACUUUGUUUCCAAAUGCCUCACUUCGAAAGCUGCUCCAGAUGGCAAUAGUUAUCUUUGUUUUCUGGGUCGGCUUCAUGGCUUGGAAAGACCGCACAGAGUUUCUGUUUCACUUAAACAACCCCAUCACUCUGAAGCGAUGGCGCAUCUUCAAGGAGUUCUUGCACCCUGAAGGGCUUCAGAACACAAUGGCCCUGUCACCGGAGGAGAACGAGCCACCGAUCAUGGCAAUCCUGCAAGAGCUAAACCGGCAGAUCCCACCCAGACCCUUCCUCAACCACAGCAGCACCACCAGCGCCAGAGAGAGCACAGCCACCAUCCUCAACCCUCGAGACAAGUACUGCAUAGGGGAUCAGCUGGACAUCCUGCUGGUGGCCAAGGACUAUUUUGGCCGCAGGAAGGAAUAUGGUGGGGACUUCCUGAGGGCCAGGAUGUCCUCCCCAGCCCUGAAGGCAGGCGCUUCUGGAAAGGUGACAGACUUCAACAAUGGCACCUACCUCAUCAGCUUCACUCUGUCCUGGGAGGGCCGGGUCUCCCUGUCUGUUCUUCUCAUACACCCCAGUGAAGGGGUGUCAGCUCUCUGGAGAGCAAGGAACCAAGGCUAUGGCAAAAUUAUCUUCACUGGCCAGUUUCUUAAUGGCACAUCCCCCGUCCUCACUGAAUGUGGCCUUACCUUAAACACAAAUGCUGAGCUGUGUCAAUACCUGGAUGCACGGGACCACGAAGCCUUCUAUUGCUUGAAGCCUUCACGUGUUCCCUGUGAGGCCCUGACGCACAUGAAAAGCAUGAACAGUAACGUCUCCUAUCUCAGCCAUAAGGAGCAGUUCCUUUUCAAGAGGUUCAACAUAGGGAUUGAAGUGAUGAAGAAUGUGGCCAUCACAGUCUUUCCAUGUAACAAGACUGAGAGCAAGAACAAGAAAUGUCAAGUUGGAAUGAAGACUCCUUUCCCCAGUGGCUACACUUUGAAAGGAAGGUGGAUUGCAGCAUUUUGCAAACAGAAUGAGUUCAGUGCGAUAACAGAUAUAAAUAACUGCUUGUCGAGAAAACUGAUUUACCUCAUGGGUGACUCAACACUGCGCCAAUGGGUUUACCACUUACACGAAGUUGUGAAAACUUUAAAUUUUUUUGACCAUCAUGGAACUGGGGUGUUUAAAACUCACGUCCUUCUGGAUACUGAACGGAAUAUUUUUGUCCAGUGGAAAAAACAUGGCCAUCCUUUUGUUACUAAAAAGCUGUACUCCGUGAAAGAUGACAACUACAUCCCACGGGAAAUUGACCAGGUGGCAGGAGACAGUGACACAGUGAUUGCCAUUAGUUUUGGCCAACACUUCCGGCCCUUUCCCAUUAGCAUUUUCAUCCGUAGGGUCAUCAACGUCAAAAAGGCCAUAGAGCGACUGUUCUUACGAAGCCCGGAGACCAAGGUGAUAAUUAAAACGGAAAAUAUCAGAAAACUUAGUGAAAAUACAGAGAUAUUCAGUGACUUCCAUGGAAGCAUUCAGAAUCGCAUUUUAAGGGAUAUCUUUAGGGACCUUAAUGUGGGUAUUAUUGAUGCUUGGGACAUGACAAUUGCAUAUCGCAAUGAGGAUGUCCAUCCAUCUUACAGCGUGGUUAAAAAUCAGGUUGAUAUGUUCUUAAACUAUAUCUGCUAGAGGCUCUUGGGAUGCAGAAACAUCCC